GUUCCGCUCUCCUCGCGCCAUGGGGAGGCCCAGGAAGGAGCCGGCCGGCCCCUCGUCCGCGCAGCCCGCGGCCUCCAAAGCGCCGCCCGCCGCUCCGCCGCCGUCCGCCACGGGCAGCCGGGCGGCCCGGAGCGCUCCGAGCGCGGGGCGGGGACGGGAGGCGAAGGGCGGCGGGGAUCGGCCCCGACCCGCGGCGUCAUCCCGCGGCGCCCGGGGCGACGGCGGGGAGCGGCGCGCGGCCGCCGCCGGGAGCCAGAAGAAGGCGGCGGGAAGCAAAGGGGCGCCCGGCCCGGCCGAGGGCGGCGCCGGAGGAGCUCCAGCGCGGGCCGACCCCGAGGCCGGCAGGGAGGCCGAGGCCGAGGCCGGCCCGCCCGGGGCCUCGUCGCGCUUCCCGCCCGCCCUGCAGAGCCCCGACAUCCCCUGGGUGGAGCAGCAGACGCGCGGCCAACGCGCCAACCCGCAGUGGUACGCGUGGAGGGAGAACCGCAUCACGGCGUCGCUGGCGCCGCGCAUCGCCGGCAGCAGAUUCGCCAACGGGAAGACGGACGAGGUGCCGCGGUCCUACCUGAAGGCGGUGGUGAGCCCCGCGCCCUCCGUGCAGACGCCGGCCACGUCGUGGGGUAUCCGCAACGAGAAGGAGGCCGUGCGGGCCUACGAGCGGCUCAAGUCGCGGGAGGUGGGCCGGCCCGUGCGGGUGGACGAGUGCGGGCUCUUCAUCCAUAAGGAGAAGACGUGGAUCGCCGCCAGCCCCGACGGCAUCGUCACCGAGGCCGGCACGGGGAAGCGGCUGGGGCUGCUGGAGGUGAAGUGUCCCUACAAGCACCGCAACAGGACGGUGCGCGAGGCCUGCAAGGACAGGGACUUCUGCCUGGAGCUGAACGGCGACUCCUACGCGCUGAAGCGGGAUCACGGCUACUUCACCCAGGUGCAGUGCCAGCUGGCGGCCACCGGCCUGCAGCACGCCGACUUCGUGGUGCACACCAAAAAGGAGACGGCCGUGGCGCCCGUGGAGUUCGACGCCGAGUUCUGGGGGAAGACGGUGCCCAAGCUGGAGAAGUUCUACACCGAGGCGGUCGCUCCACACCUGCAGCAGCAGCGGGCCGCCGGCUCGGCCUGGGCCAAGGAGGAGUAGAGCCGCUCGUCGCUCUCCCGGACGCUCGCUCGGCUUUGGCUGGGCCACGCAAACCCUGCUGGCAAAGCCCUAGCCUAGAAGCCGCACCUGAACUUUCUGCCGCUCCUGUUCUGUUCGCUGCUUCUGCCCCGAUGGUACCGCAUCGGGAUGAAAGAAACGACACCAGCGAGGAAUGAUUUUGUUCUGCCUGGUGAGGUAGAAACACCCUGGAGCCACUCAGCACCCAGCCCAGCGCUCAGCCCCGCUGCCACCCCACACUCCUCGUUGCCCCCCGCUUCAAGCCCUGCGUGCUGUGUGCUGCAAGGCAGCACGUCACAUCCCUCUGCACUGCAACUCUGUGGGGAAAACUGGAUCCUUCAGCACCUAACACCUGGCAGGACUGAACCUCAGCUCCACUUGAGUGGGAACCGAUCAGGACAGAUUUAUCUAUCGUGCAAAAGCACAGCUAUAGAGCCCGACCGUGAUGUGCCUUAAUGGCUGCAGCAGGCUGCAGGGACAGCCCUCGCCCCGAGCCGCCCCGCCGUGCUCAGGAACGGGAGCAGAGCAGCACAGGGCAGAUGCCGCCCACCCAGGAGGUGAGGCUGCGGGUUCCUGCAGCAGCGCAGCAGGGAGGUGGGCAUCGCCCCUUUGCUGUGUGAUUCACUGUCAAAUAAAACAUCUGUUGAACCACU